UACCAACCACCGCUGCUCUCGCCUCUGAAUCCUUAACGUGCCAUUUUAUUACUAAUGGGCAUAUCUGGAAAUCAAAAUGUCAUCGAUAUACGGGACAGUAUCAGGUUUCUGAGGAUGCCAGCGGUGGAUAUUCUUGCGGGUUUCUCCGGACCAGUGCUGAUUUUGGCCAGUGAAGCUUCCUUGUAGUGAAUCGGAUGAUUGGAGCAGCUGUGCGCUCGCGCUUAGAUUGCAGCUGUCAUUGAUAUUGCAUAGUGAACACAGGUAAAGAUGAUGUGCGAAGUGAUGCCCACGAUCAGCGAGGACACUGCGCUGAGCCAGCGGGGGUCCCAGAGCAGCGCCUCGGACCCUGACUCCCACUUCGAGCAGUUGAUGGUGAACAUGCUGGACGAGAGAGACCGUCUGUUGGACACCCUGAGAGAGACGCAAGAAAGCCUGGCCCUCGCCCAGGAGCACCUGCAGGACGUCAUCUAUGACCGGGACUCACUGCAGAGACAGCUCAGCUCCGCACUGCCACAGGAGUUUGCCGCCCUGACGAAAGAGCUGAAUGCCUGCAGAGAACAGCUGCUGGAGAAGGAGGAGGAGAUUUCAGAGCUGAAGGCCGAGAGGAACAACACCAGACUGCUGUUGGAGCAUUUGGAGUGUUUGGUUUCGAGGCAUGAACGUUCCCUACGCAUGACAGUGGUGAAACGACAGGCCCAGUCUCCUUCUGGCGUCUCCAGUGAGGUGGAGGUCCUCAAAGCUCUCAAGUCCCUCUUUGAGCACCACAAAGCACUGGAUGAGAAGGUACGAGAGAGAUUGCGGGUGUCACUAGAGCGGGUCUCUGCCUUGGAGGAGGAGUUGGCCGCAGCCAAUCAGGAGAUUGUGGCCUUAAGGGAGCAGAAUGCCCACAUUCAGAGGAAGGUGGCAUCAGGAGAUGGGGCAGAGGACUUGUUGGAGGGAACUGAUGCCCAGAAAGUCCACGGCAAGCGGUUGUCUAACGGGUCGAUGGACUCGGGGGACGAGGCCAGUCAGGUGGUGGAGCUGCAGGAGCUGCUGGAGAAGCAGAACUACGAGCUGGCUCAGAUGAAGGAGCGCAUGUCCUCCCUGUCCUCCCGCGUGUCCGAGGUGGAGCAAGAGCUGGAGACGGCCCGCAAAGACCUCAUCAAGAGCGAAGACGUGAACAACAGGUUCCAGAGAGAUAUUAAAGAGGCUAUGUGUCAGAAAGAAGACAUGGAGGAACGGAUCGUGACUCUUGAGAAGCGCUAUCUCAGUGCCCAGAGAGAGUCCACGUCGCUACAUGACAUCACUGACAAGCUGGAAAACGAACUAGCCAAUAAGGAGGCGUUCCUCAGACAGAUGGAAGAGAAGAACAGGCAGUUACAGGAGCGGCUGGAGUUGGCAGAACAGAAGCUCCAGCAGACCAUGAGGAAAGCUGAGACACUGCCUGAAGUCGAGGCUGAGCUAGCACAGAGGAUAGCAGCUCUCACCAAGGCGGAGGAGAGACACGGCAGUAUCGAGGAACGUAUGAGACAUUUAGAGGGACAGCUGGAGGAGAAGAACCAAGAACUGCUCAGGGCUCGACAGAGAGAGAAGAUGAACGAGGAACACAACAAGCGUCUGUCAGACACUGUGGACAGACUCUUGACCGAGUCCAACGAGCGAUUACAGCUCCACCUGAAAGAGAGGAUGUCCGCUCUUGAGGAGAAGAAUGUGCUAAUACAAGACUCUGAUAACUACAGGAAGCAGUUAGAAGACUCCAUUCAAGAAAAGUCUCACCUCUCGGAUGAGAUAGAGAAACUGAGAUCUGAGCUGGAUCAGUACCGGAUGAGGGCAGGAUCCCUUACAGAGCCCACACUGUCACGGUCCCAUCUGGAUGCUUCUGGAGAUCUGCGUUUCUCUCUGGGUUCUCUUGCCGAGACUCAGUCGGACCAUUAUCGCUCCACCAAGGUGAUCCGCAGACCCAGGAGAGGGCGCCUGGGGUUACGUACUGACGAACAGAAGGCUAAGUCUCUGGGAGAGCACGAAUGGCGCUCUCAGCAACUUGGCGUUCUGGGCGGCCACCCGUUUGAGAGCGACACGGAGAUGUCGGACAUUGAUGACGAUGACCGAGAGACCCUUUUCAGCUCGAUGGAUCUACUGUCUCCUGGAGGACAUUCAGAUGCUCAAACCCUUGCAAUGAUGCUGCAAGAACAACUGGAUGCCAUCAAUAAAGAGAUCCGGCUGAUCCAAGAAGAGAAGGAGUCGACAGAACUGAGGGCAGAGGAAAUAGAGAACCGCGUGGCCAGCGUGAGCCUGGAGGGUCUGAACCUGGCGCGGCUUCAUCAUCCCGGAGCCUCCAUGACUGCCUCGGCCACCGCAUCCUCCCUCGCCUCCUCCUCACCUCCCAGCGGACACUCCACCCCCAAACUCACCCCGCGCAGCCCGGCCCGCGACAUGGAGCGCAUGGGGGUCAUGACACUGCCUAGUGACUUGCGGAAGCACAGGAGAAAGAUCGCAGCAGUGGACGAGGACGGCAGAGAGGACAAGGCAACCAUCAAAUGCGAGACCUCGCCGCCUCCCACACCUCGCCAUGUCCGCAUGACCCACACGCUACCCGCUUCUUCACACAAUGACGCACGGCUGACGGCUGCUUUAGAGACGGAAGCCAGUGCUCUGAGCAGUGUAGCCAGCAGCCAGGACUCCCUUCACAAACAGCCGAAAAAGAAAGGCAUCAAGUCCUCCAUCGGACGACUGUUUGGGAAGAAAGAAAAGGCCAGACUGGGGCAGAUGGGGAAAGAGAUUAUGGGACCAGGACAAGGAAAUGUAUCCGAUCCUGAGCUUAUGGGUCAGGAUAUUGCGGUUGGAAAGCUGGGAACACAGGCAGAGAAAGAUCGCAGGCUUAAAAAGAACGGGCACGAGUUGUUGGAAGAAGCCAGAAGAAAAGGGUUACCUUUUGCUCAGUGGGACGGUCCUACAGUAGUCGCGUGGUUGGAGCUGUGGCUGGGGAUGCCAGCAUGGUACGUCGCAGCGUGUCGUGCCAACGUAAAAAGUGGGGCCAUCAUGUCUGCCCUGUCCGACACCGAGAUCCAGAGAGAGAUCGGCAUCAGCAACCCACUGCACCGCCUCAAACUGCGUCUGGCCAUCCAGGAGAUGGUCUCGCUCACCAGCCCCUCGGCUCCCCCUACGUCUAGAACCCCGUCGGGUAACGUGUGGGUAACCCACGAGGAAAUGGAGACCCUUGCCGCCCCCUCGAAAACGAAGUCCCAGUCAGAGGAGGGGAGCUGGUCACAGACGCUGGCAUACGGGGACAUGAAUCACGAGUGGAUCGGGAACGAGUGGCUACCCAGUCUCGGUCUACCUCAGUACCGCAGCUACUUCAUGGAGUGUUUGGUGGACGCGCGCAUGCUGGACCACCUCACCAAGAAGGACCUCAGAGUGCAUUUAAAAAUGGUGGACAGCUUUCACAGAACCAGUCUGCAGUACGGCAUUAUGUGUCUGAAGAAGCUGAACUACGACAGGAAGGAGCUGGAGAGACGAAGAGAGAGCAGCCAGCACGAGAUAAGAGACGUGCUGGUGUGGAGUAACGAACGGGCGAUUCGCUGGAUCCAGAGCAUCGGCCUCCGCGACUACGCCAACAUCCUGUUAGAGAGCGGCGUGCACGGGGCGCUCAUCGCACUCGACGACAAUUUCGACUACAGCAGCCUGGCCCUGCUGCUGCAGAUCCCCAACCAAAACACUCAGGCUAGACAAAUUCUGGAAAGAGAGUACAACAAUCUGCUGGCGCUGGGAACAGAGAGGCGAUUAGAUGAGUGCGACGAGAAAGACUUCAGAGGGCCGUCGUGGAGGAGGCAGUUUCCUCCGCGGGACGUCCACGGGAUCAGCAUGAUGCCCGGCUCAGCGGAGACCCUGCCCGCAGGCUUCCGCCUCACUGCCACCUCCGCACACUCACGCCGACUGCCACCAGAGGCCUUGUACGAGGCGAUGGACGACAGUCCUGACGACAUGUAUUUGGACUGGUUUCAAGGUCAGAUAUGACUUUCCCGACCCUCGUCCCUACAGUGUAGUGUACUCGUAUCCCCUUACGUGGUCUCAAUGUCUCCUGUCCUUUCUUAACCGUCAACCUGUGAAGUGUAUGUCAACAGUGAUUUGGAGCAGCAUCACGUCAGCCUUGGAACGGAGAGAAGUGGCGAAUCUCGUAAUAGCAAUAACGACAGCAAUAAAACAAAUAGCAAAAAAGUCUUCUUAAGGCUAAAAAAUAACGUAGUCGAUGAAAUUAUUUGCAGUGCGUGUAAAUCUUUGAAAGCCUUUCUUAUUAAAGUAUUUAAAUGGGUGCGCAUGAGAAGAGAAUAAUUCAGUUCACUCGUCACCGAGUUGACGAUAUUACGUAAGUUAGUCGACUUACUAAAUGACCUGUUGGACAUGUAACAAAUCGGCUCGCUUUUCUCUGACGGACACACCUUGAGCGCGGUAGCAGUGGGAAAACAUAGUGGGUGUGGUCGACCUGUCAUUUGGAUCCAGGGCGACCAAUAGAAAAGGGCCUUUCAUCCCGAUCGAUAGAUACCGCCCACCGAGGCUUCACUCGCAAGCAAAAGAUUUAGAACCGCAAAAUAGACAGAGAAAAGAGAGCGAAAUUUGUGUGAUGAAAAAGUGUUUGAAAUGCACAAAGAAAGAUCAAGGUUUUCAUAGGUUGGCAUGCACUGCAAAUAAAUUUGUCAUCAACUUGUUUAUUUCUGAACCUUAAGAAGACUUUUUUUUUGCAAUAAUGUUUAACAAUUGUUUUAAAUGCCAAAAAGAAUCAAUUUACCUCUCGAACACUUAAAUAAAAAGACUCAAAGGAAACUUCAUAAACCGUAAAACAAGGGCAGGGAAAAGGUUUAAAAAGGAACAGUGUUGAUUUUCUCUGAAGUUCCUACUUUUCAUGAAGAGAUUGAAAAAUGAGUGUAAAUAUUGGGUAGUUGUCGAAUUUGGAACACGUGUCAUCGCCAUCCUCGUGAAGAUCCUUUUGGGAAGCCGUCUUCAGCGUUCACUCUAAUCCGGCGGCAGCAUUCCAAGGUGGGUUCUUUUCAGCACAAUAUAUGGAGUAGCUCUUUUUUCCUUUCAUUCCUAGACGCCAAGGUCACGUCCUUUGCCGCGGUCCGUUAAUAGAGAGGGUGCAGGUGUGACGUCAGAACCCUGGAAGUGUAAUUUGACACCGGUUCCUAUUUCCCAAUUGGAUCGUGUUGUAAUGGGGUUUUUCAAUUUCUGAGAAUGUAGCCAUUGUAGCCUGUGGUAAAUUACAGACUCGCACCCCAAGCUGCCACACGUAGUGGAAAAAGUAACAUAACUCGUCCAAAAUUGUCACUAUUGGUGUCGCAGAUUAUAGAUUAUAAUGGGUAUAGAUUCGUGUCGCAGAGAUGUGACAUUUCUGGGGCAAGCUUUCCUCUGUAGUCGACCUCAAGGUUUUUGUAGGUGGGCACAACACGGAGCCGCGGACUCCCUUUGAAUCGUCACCGGCGAAUCACUUCCACCUCGACUGCCGAGCGACUUCAUCUUCAGCCUGGCGAGCUGCUGAGGAUCUGUUUGCGUGGCUAUCCUCCUCAGAGAGGCGAUGCAGAAGUGGAGGUGCGCCUGCGGUCAAAUGCACUGCCUUGUCAGAGAUGCUAAAUCAGAGUAAGGGAAGACGAUGCAAGAUAACGCAGCUCCUGCGUGAAUUGCCCUGGCCUCUCCCGUUCCACAGGGACAACCUGGUGAGAGUGGUUCUCUGGGCCUUGGCCAUGAGAUGUUAAAGUGAAGGUCAAAGGUUUGCAUUUGAGGCUGCCAGGGACUGUUUGUAAUGCAACAGCUGCGUCAGCGUGAUGGCUAACGGAAGGCGUUUGCGCUACGGAGAGGUGUACAGACGCGUUGCUCUCUUUGUUCUGUUGCAGUUUUGUGCGGGAAUGAGAGCGUGACCUUUGGUGUUGGCGUAAGGUGUGUGUUCUCUGAACGCUUUUGAUUGUGGAAUAGAGGAUGACACGGGAGUGGAUUUUCACUCCUGUCCCGUCCCACUCCCACAGAAAGAAAUCUUGUCCCGUCCCACUCCCAGACCAAAGUAAAAAAAAA